UCUCCUAGCAACAUGCGUCCUCCUAAAGCGGUCCUUUUUCCCCCAGAGAGAACUGCAUCUCAACUCUGAAUAAGUAACUCUGCAAAGUGCCGCUGCAGAUCACCGGUGAAGAUUCUUUACAACUUAAUGGUUUUUGGCUUCUUUGCAACACUUCCCGGAGGUCAUAAUUGGUUGGGAUCAGAAGUGAUAAGAAACCAUGAAGACAUUACUCUUUAACAUGAUAGCCAUUCUUAUCAGCUGCACUGUUCAUUGCCAAGCCUACUGCAACAAACCAGUUACACUUGAGUGGCAAAUGAACCAGCACACCAUCCAAAUAAACUGGACACUCAUAGAAAACAUUUGUGGCACCACUGAAGACUGUGCGGAAUUCAACAGCCCACAGAUUUGCCCACUUCAGCUGCAGCACGGCGACAGGCUUUUGAUGGCCGCAGACGAAACACUGACGUCAUAUGGGAUCAGACUAGUCAACGUCUCGAAGGACAACUUUGAGAGCUGUUCUGCAAACGGGUUGACAGAAGGCCAGUUUGUUUUCCCUCAUCACAUAAAUGGAAGCGAACAAGUGGACAGCAAGUGGCUGGAGCCAGGUGUCCACUACUUCAUUGCUCUGCACGACAAAGACACUCAGCUGUGUAAGCUUGGGUUAAGACUCAACGUGACGUUGAAGGUGCAGCUUUGUCAGGCCUCCACUAUGGUUCCACUUUGCUCUGGGAAGGGUGUUUGUCAAACGGACCAAUGGGAACAGGCGUACUACUGUCGAUGUCACCACCACUACUCUGGGAGGUUUUGCGAAAAAUAUGACGCCUGUUUGGAUAACCCGUGUAAAAACAAUGGAGUCUGCUUGAGUGAUGGAUCCGCAGAUCCAAACCGCAGAACGUAUACCUGUCUGUGUCCUCCACAUUUCACAGGAACAAACUGCUCUGAAGUCAUUGGAAAGGAAAACUGCAAGAGAAUGUGCACCAACGGGACGUGUGUUCAAGUGUCAUCUACCUCCUUCAAAUGCUUCUGUGGUGCCGAAUUCUCAGACUCGCCUUGUGAGAGAACAUCCACUUGUGAUCAAAAUCCAUGCAGAAACGGGGGCAUAUGUGAGGAGACUCCCAAAGGUCCGGUCUGUCAUUGUCCUGAAAGCUUUGUGGGCCUCUACUGCGACGCCAGAGCUGCCUUUGAUUGCAUGUCAAAUGCAUGUCAUGAAGAGCAAAUUUGCAGUGCAGGACAGCAUGCCUCUGAGUGUGUGUGUGCAGAUGGUCAAGUGGUCCCAGCAUGCAAGGCCAGACAGCGGAACGUGUGCAGCCCAUCACCGUGCCUCAACAAUGCCACCUGUGUGUCCAGGGGAGGUGAUUAUGUGUGCAGAUGUUUGCGGCCGUUUUCCGGGAAGAAUUGUGAAGAAGUAAUCGACUACUGCCAGCUGCUCAAUAUCAACUGCCUAAACGAGGGAUUGUGUUUGAGUGUAAUUGGAGGAUAUCAGUGUAACUGUACCCCGGGAUGGAUGGGAGAGUUUUGCCAAUAUGUGAGCGAUGCCUGCCUGGUAAAACCCAACAGAUGUUUGAAUGGCGCUUCAUGCAUCACAACAAGUCAGCCGACGUCCCCGCCACAGUACAUCUGCAUAUGCCCUCAUGGAUUCACAGGAACACACUGUGAGACGGAGAUCAACGAGUGCCACUCCAACCCCUGCCGGCAUCAUGGCACAUGCUUUGACCUGGUUGGACACUACCAAUGCCAGUGUCCCACAGGUUUUCUGGGGAAAAACUGCGAAAUCGACAUAGAUGCUUGCCAACUUCCCAACAACACAUGUCCUCCAAAGUCUCAAUGUUUGGAUCUUUCCAACGGUCUAACGUAUACCUGCAGGGUGCCGUGCCCCCCAAGCCUUCAGCAGCCAUGUGCCAACGGAGGGCGCUGUGUGUUGAAUAGCGCCAACAGCUACACCUGUAUCUGCUCCCCUGGCUGGUCAGGGCAUAACUGUCGCACAAAUGUCAAUGACUGUGUUCAACAUUGGUGUCAAAACGGUGCCACCUGCGUCGAUAAGAUUGACGGCUACAGUUGCCUUUGUCCCAUUGGGUUCUCCGGGUCCUUCUGUGAAGAAGACAUUGAUUUCUGUGUGGGCCAUGGCUGCUCCGAACACGGCGUUUGCGUGGACCAGCAGUUGAACUUCACCUGCCGAUGCAUGCUUGGAUUUGAAGGGGCGCUAUGUGAAACAGAAACGGAUGAAUGCAACAGCUCCCCUUGUGCAAACAAUGCUACAUGCGAGGAUCUUGUCAGUGAUUAUCGAUGCCACUGUUCACCGGGAUUUGAGGGAAGGCGCUGCUCUGAGAAUGUGAAUGAUUGUUGGUCGCAGCCUUGUCUCAAUGGCGGCUCCUGUAUAGAUCUGACGAAUGACUACAUUUGUCAUUGUCCUCUUGGUUUUAAAGGAAAAGACUGCUCCAUAGAUAUUGACCUUUACUCCUUUGGGAUGUGCAGUGAACAUACGAUUAUGUGCACGGAAACAAAGGAUGGACACAAUGUGACCUGCACAUGUGAAAGAGGGUUUGGAGGGUCAUUGUGUGAAGUAAAUAUCAACGAGUGCGAGUCAAAGCCAUGCCAAAACAAUGGUGUUUGUGUGGACGGCAAUGACCUGUAUCACUGCUUCUGCCCACAGGGGUUUGGAGGGUCGAGCUGUGAAAUCAAUCACGAUGAAUGUGCUCAUGGGUACUGCGCCAAUAAUUCCACAUGUAUUGACUUAGUUGCAGACUAUGAAUGCAUCUGUCCAUUGGGAUUUGCUGGAAAAAAUUGCUCAGCUGUUCUCCAAACAUGUAUCACUGAUGUUGACAUCUGCAAAAAUGGAGGAACCUGUUUCUACAACUUGGCUGGAGAAAUGCAGUGCAUUUGCCCAACAGGAUACCAUGGCAGUGACUGCUCCUCGUCUGUGAGCCAAUGUGUGUCCAAUCCCUGUAACUCUGAGGGGACCAUCCGCUGUGAAGGUCUUGCAAAUACUUACACAUGUAUUUGUCAACAUGGCUACACUGGACCACGCUGUGAAAGCGCUAUAAACCAGUGUGUUGAUGGCCUGUGUCAACACGGAUCAACAUGCGAGGAUCUUUUCAGAGGCUUCAAGUGUGAUUGUUUACCAGGCUCAACUGGUCGCUUUUGUGAGCAAAACAUCGAUGACUGCAAGGGAAAUCCAUGUGGCAUCCUGAGUGUUUGUAAAAACACCAUCAGUGGCUACAAUUGCUUCUGUGCGCCUGGAUUUAUUGGUGAUAACUGUGAGAUGGAAGUCAAUAAAUGCCUCAGCCAGCCUUGUAGAAACGGUGGCUCCUGUGUGGAUGAUCUCAGUUCAUUUCGCUGCUUGUGCCCUCUUGGAUUCACAGGUGCCCGGUGUGAACUUCACAUUGAUGAGUGUGCUUCAUCACCCUGCAAGAAUGGCGCCACAUGCAUUGACCAACCUGGUAAUUACUUCUGCCAAUGUGUGGCUCCAUUUAAAGGUCUAAAUUGUGACUUCUUACCGUGUGAGGCCAGUAACCCCUGUGAGAACGGAGCCCUGUGUAUGGAAGAGUUGGACGAGGACCAUUACCCUUUGGGCUUUCGCUGUCGCUGCCGCCGUGGAUUCACAGGUCCCCGCUGUGAAAUCAACAUGGAUGAGUGCAGCUCCAGCCCAUGUGUCAAUGGGUUUUGUUAUGAUGUUGUAGAUGGCUUUUAUUGCCUUUGCAAUCCUGGUUAUGCUGGGCUGCGAUGUGAGAAAGACACUGAUGACUGCUUGAACAGUCUGUGCAGUCGCAACUCGAUAUGUAAAGACCUCCAUCUGAGUUAUGAGUGUGUGUGUCACUCCGGAUGGGAGGGAAAGUACUGCCAACAAGAAAUUGAUGGAUGUUUGUCACAGCCCUGCAAAAACAACGCCACCUGCACGGGCCACCUCGACGGCUACAAGUGUUUGUGCUCAUCGGGCUGGACUGGUGUGGACUGUGCUGAGAAAGUGAACGGGUGUGAAUCCAGGCCUUGUCUAAAUGAAGCUCAGUGUCAGGAGUCACAUGUACCCGGGGAAUACUUCUGCACCUGCCCCCCAUUUUUGAGUGGCCCCUUGUGCAACCAGUCUUAUGACCCAUGUGAUCCCAUCCACAAUCCGUGCCUGCACAACUCCACCUGUCUGACACGCUCCGAUGGAACGGCUUACUGCACAUGCCCGGCUGGAUAUGAAGGAAACCGGUGCGAAAGUGACACCGACGAAUGUAGCUUUAAUCCUUGCCAAAACCAUGGCGACUGUGUGAACGGGGUCAACGGUUACAGCUGUGACUGUCAGGUGGGCUUUUCUGGCCUCCACUGUGAAUUCGUCAAUAAGUGCUUCUCACAGCCUUGUCUCAAUGGUGGUACUUGUCAAGACUUCGCGGACGGGUUCCACUGCACUUGCCCUCCUGGUUAUUUCGGUGCCUUGUGUGACCUGAGUGGGAAUGACUUUUGUCAAGUUUCACCUUGCCUACAAGAGGGCACCUGCAUCAACAAGCCAGCAGGCUUUGAAUGCGUCUGUCGCCCGGGAUACUUAGGGGCACGGUGUGAAGUUAACAUUGAUGAGUGCAUUUCAAAGCCGUGCCAAAAUGGUGGGAGAUGUAUUGAUGAAGGCGAUCGAUACAGCUGCGUGUGCCCCAGUGGCUUUUUUGGCCCCAACUGUGAGAGCAACAUUGACGAAUGCUUGUCAGCACCCUGUUUUCACGGGAGCUGCCAUGAUGGAAUCUCUUCCUACUGGUGUCUUUGUGAAGCAGGAUGGAGUGGAAGCAGAUGUGAAACAAACAUUGAUGACUGUGCUUCUGAUCCAUGUUUGAAUGGAGGCUCAUGUAUGGAUCACAUAGGUGAAUACUCCUGCCUCUGUCAGGCUGGGUACACAGGAAAAGCCUGCGAGCAUGACACCGAUGCUUGCAAAAAAGUCGGACAAUUUUGUUCUAAUGGCGCGACAUGCAUUGAAGGAUCAAACUUCACUUGCAGCUGUCCUGCAGGUUUCAUGGGGAAUUUCUGUGAAGUGGAAGUUAACGAAUGCGCCUCAUCUCCCUGCCACAAUGCCGCCAUUUGCCAAGAUCUUAUAAAUAGCUACAUCUGCCACUGCCGGUCAGGUUGGACAGGCCUUCACUGUGAGGCUGACAUUAAUGAGUGCCUUCCACAGCCCUGCAACCAGGGGAUAUGCGUUCAGAAUGAUCCGGGCUACGGCUACACCUGUUUCUGUCGUCCUGGAUUUGUGGGGAGGAACUGUGAGCACAACUAUGAUGAUUGCCUCUUAAAUCCAUGUCCAGAAGCAUAUUCCUGCAUAGAUGGCAUCAACAAGGUCACCUGCCUCCCUCCUGCUACGGAUGCUGUUCCCUUGGAGACUGCACUGAAGAACAUCACUCGCGGCUUCACACCCCGUGUGCAAACACUAACACUCAGUCCCACGCCGGCAGCUGAGCAAUCCACAGAUUCAUACAUCCACUACUUUGGGGAUUCCUACCUGGAGUUUGAAGGGAUUGACCUCGGCCCCAUCAACAACAUCACUGUGAGAUUCCGGACUGAAGCAGACCAUGGGACUAUUGUUUACGUGGGUCAAGGACCAGCUGUCAAAGAUUCCGUCUUCAUGGAACUCUUCGUCAUGGACAGGCUGCUGCAGUACGUAUUUUCCUGCAAUGGGGAUAAAGAUGUUGGAUGGAUUAACACACACAUUAAUGUGCAUGACAGCAAAGUGCACAUUAUCAAAAUCAGACAACACCUGACCCCAUGUGAGGCUGAGAUCACCCAUUCCGGUCAUGAGAGAAUCAAAAGUGCAGCAAGUAAUUACUGGCCGGGACACAUAAUACGAAGAACAAACCACAUCUUUGUAGGUGGUUUGCCACAACGCUUCUCUGCCAGUCAGGAAAUGAAACCAUUCCACAACUUUACCGGCUGCAUUGAAAUCACUGAAUUUAAUAACGUCAGGAGUUUUUACACAUCUGAUGCCCUUGCCAACUGCAACACAAGACUGUGCAGUGUCAACAGAACGUCAUUUGCCACACAAGCACCAAAACCUCCCAUACCUGAAGCUUGUGGCGAUGGUUUUUGCCUCAAUGGUGGAACGUGUCAUAAACUGCAAGCUGGUACAUCAACAACUUCCUGUCACUGCCCACUCCAUUUUACAGGAACUUUUUGUGAAAAAGACACCAACGUAUACAUCCCAUCAUUCGAUGGCACGUCUUAUUUGGAGCUGCAGCCCCUUGCAUCCAUCCUCCAGUCUUCCGACAGCAAUAAUGUACCCCCUACAGUCAAGGACACCACCGUUAUUCUCCAUUUGACUAUGAAAACUCGAUCAACACAGGGCACUAUCCUCUACACUCAGGAGCAGAACUUUGGUAGUGCCUUCCUUCACGUGUUCCUUCAAGAUGGAAGUCCCAUUGCUGAACUUGGAUGCGGCACCAAACAUGUUCUGCACGUGGCAGCCAGCCAAACCAUCAACAAUAACCGAUGGAUACCAGUAACAAUCCGAUUCAGUCUGCCAGCCGGCAAACAAGCAGGGUCAUGUAUGAUUGAAAUUGCAGUAGAUAAUGGCCAGGCUCAGCAUCUCCAGGAACCCGUGUCACAGAGCGUGUCAGAGAGAACAUUUGGGCCUAUUUUUCUUGGCGAUGUUUCCUCCCACUGGGAUCUGCCUGACGAACUUGCAAAAAAAACAAGAUUUAUUGGAUGUAUCAGGCAACUUCAGGUCAACUCAAAGGAGAUAUUCCUGGUGGGGGAGGCCGUGAGAGGGAGGAACAUCGAGAACUGUGACCCACCAGUUUGUCAGCACCUGCCCUGUUGGAAUGGAGGAACCUGUGUCAGUGAGGCUGACGACUGGUUCUGCCAGUGCCCGCCACUCUACACCGGCCGCCUGUGCCACUUUACGACCUGCGAGCGCAACCCCUGCGGUCAUGGAGCCACAUGCGUCCCAAAGUCGCCACUGGAGGUCGUGUGUCUCUGUCCGUAUGGAAGACAAGGCCUACUGUGUGACCAAACUGUCAACAUCACCCGAGCAAGAUUCAGCGGAACUGACGAGUUUGGCUACACUUCUUUUGUGGCCUAUUCUGAUAUUCCCAGUCACAGUUUCUUUUAUGAGUUCCAUCUGAAGUUCACGCUGGUCAAUAGGUCAUCUGCUGUGAAAGACAACCUGAUCCUGUUCUCUGGGCAGAAAGGACAAGGCACAGAUGGUGAUGACUUCCUCGCUUUGGGGUUACGAAAAGGGCGGGUUCUGCAUAGAUUCAACCUCGGAUCAGGUAUAGCAACCAUUGUGUCCGAUCGACUGAACCUGCACGUGGACAUCCACACUGUCACGUUCGGAAGGUCCAACACCACUGGAUGGCUGAAGGUUGAUGGACAAAGGAACAGAACAGGCUCAUCUCCAGGACCCCUGCAAGGCCUCAAUGUUUUCAAGCAAGUCUUUGUAGGUGGAUAUAAUGAGUACACCGCUCAACUGCUGCCACUUGGCUCCAGGUUCCAUCAAGGCUUUCAGGGGUGCAUUUUUGAUGUGCGCUUUCGAACAAGAAGAAAUGGAACAUUCCAAGCUGUGGGCCAUCCAACCUUUGGGAGAAACGUGGGUCAAUGUGGGGUCAACCCUUGCGUUGAUGUCCAGUGCAGGAAUGGAGGAACAUGCGUGGACUCUGGUUCAUCUGUGCAUUGCCUGUGCCCUUUUGGAUGGAAGGGAGCUCUCUGUUCUGAGACUGUGUCGGUUUGUGAUGCCGCGCACACUCCCCCGCCUUUGUGCGCCCACGGUUCCACCUGCAUCCCUCUUCCAAAUGGAUAUACCUGUCAGUGCCCCUUGGGGAUGGCAGGACUCUACUGCGAGAAAGCUGUGAGCAUCAGUGAUCCAUUCUUCAGUGGAAAGCACUCCUCCUGGAUGUCCUUUCCCCCAAUGAAUAUAAGGCACCGGACUGUGUUGCAGCUGCAGUUCCAACCUUUAUCACCAGGGGGUGUCCUUGUGUAUGUUGCACAGCAUGUUGGGGACAGAGCUGGAGACUUCCUCUGCCUAUCCUUAACAUCCUCGUUUGUCCAGCUGCGAUACAAUCUGGGGGACGGCACCCACAUCCUUCAAACUGUCAACCAAGUGGACCUGCACACGAGAAACUGGCACACUGUCAAGGCAGGGCGGAUCGGUCAGCAGGGAUUCCUAAUCCUGGAUGGCAAAGAGGUCACACACGACGCCACCGGGGGGAUGAGCACCCUGGAUGUCACCACCAACAUCUUCAUAGGGGGCGUCUCCUCGAUGAUGUCCACAGACGCAACGGAAGGAGCAGCGGUGGGCUUCACCGGCGGCAUCCGGGAAGUCAUUCUAAACGGGCUUGAGUUGGAGUUGACGGAGAAAGGAGCUACGAGCGGAGCGAAUGUGGAAGACUGGGACGGGAGCGCCUGUGGAUACAAAGUGUGCCGCAAUGGAGGUCAAUGUAGGGCAACAGGAAGUGACUCCAUCACGUGUGAGUGCCCGCCAUCAUGGACCGGCCCAGUUUGCAACCAGUCUGUAAGCUGUGUCAACAACAUCUGCAAACAUGGCGCCAUUUGUGUGCCAGUUAGCGUCACAGCAUACCGCUGCAUUUGCCCCCUAGGGUGGGGAGGGAGGUACUGCAGCAGAAAGGUCGCCACUGACACUUUUACGUUUGUGGGACAAUCGUAUGUGAAAUAUCUUGAUCUGAAAUACAACAGGAGAAAUUUAAGACACACUCGGGUGUCUUUCAGCUUCCGCACAAACACAAGUGACAGUUUGAUCCUGUGGUUAGGGAAGGCGGGACAUGACGAUGAUGACUUCCUGGCAGUAGGACUUGAGAACGGACACCUGAAAGUCGCAGUUAAUCUCGGGGAAAGGGUUUCUAUCCCGGUGACUUUGACGAGUCAAACAUUGUGCUGCAACAGAUGGCACCACGUCUCCAUCGUAGUGAACAGUACGGUCAUUCAAGCCGACUUGAACCAGAAGAGGGUUCUUAAUGAAGACGUGGACCCACUUGGACGAUAUGUUGCCUUGAACUACGGCGGGCAGAUGUACUUUGGAGGAUUUGAAAUGGGCACAAAUGUGUCAGUCCUGACAUCAGGGUUGUUUUCAUGUGGAUUUCAAGGAAGUCUUAGAAAUGUUUUCUUCUUUGACGAACCACUUAGGUUUUUCCAAAGCAGUGAGGGCUUUAAUGUCCAUGAUGGCGGUGAGACAUAGAGGGGAAGAUGCUGAUAGUCUUAUUUAAGGGCUACAACAUUUAAUCAUUCGAUGAAAAAUCGAUUAUCCAGGUAAUUGACAAUUAUUUGGGGAUUUGACUCAUCUCUAUAUCAUCUGAUUUCGGCCUCUCCGAUGUGAAUAUAUUUUUCAUUUUCCUUAGUAAUCCAUGAAAGCAGACCUAUUGUAUUUUGAUAUUCACACACAUCAACUUCAUCCACGUUUGUAUUUGUGAGUGUUUUGUGUACAUUUAACAGACUGGAAACAGCGUUUCAGUGAAUGAUUGUAUCUUUAAUAUAUUUACUGUACACAGAAAUGUGAGUUCUUUUUAUA